CUUCAUUCCCCACUUGCUACGGGUCGCGGGGGAGCAUUGUAAACUCGGUGGAGGCUGGGCUGAAGUGGAGACGUUUCCCAAGUUGUAAAGCCGAUAAGCCAUUUGGAGUGGUGCUCCUUCACACGAUGAAUUCCCUUGCGAGGGUAGCGAACGUCUCUAAGGGAUGUGUAACAGCACUCUCGCAGCAGCUGUCGGGCCUGCAGGUGCGCCACCAGACGACGGAGACGCCGCGCGCCUACGGCAACCUCAGCGAUGACGACCGCAUCUUCACCAACCUGUAUGGCCGCCACGACUGGCGGCUGAAGGGCGCCCUCAGCCGCGGCGACUGGUACAAGACCAAGGAGAUCCUGGUCCACGGGUCAGAGUGGAUCCUCGGCGAGAUCAAGUCGUCGGGCCUGCGCGGCCGCGGUGGCGCCGGCUUCCCCACCGGCAUGAAGUGGAGCUUCAUGAACAAGCCGCCAGAUGGCAGGCCGAAGUACCUGGUGGUCAACGCCGACGAGGGCGAGCCGGGCACGUGCAAGGACCGCGAGAUCAUGCGCCACGACCCGCACAAACUGGUGGAGGGCUGCCUGGUGGCUGGCUGCUCCAUGGGUGCGCGCGCCGCCUACAUCUACAUCCGCGGCGAGUUCUACAACGAGGCCAGCAACAUGCAGGUCGCCAUCAACGAGGCGUACAAAGCCGGCCUCCUGGGCAAGAACGCCUGUGGCUCCGGCUACGACUUCGACGUGUACAUGCACCGCGGCGCCGGGGCCUACAUCUGCGGCGAGGAGACGGCGCUGAUCGAGUCGCUGGAGGGCAAGCAGGGCAAGCCGCGCCUGAAGCCGCCGUUCCCGGCUGACGUGGGCGUCUUCGGCUGCCCCACCACCGUCGCCAACGUCGAGACCGUCGCCGUGGCGCCCACCAUCUGCCGGCGCGGCGGCGCCUGGUUCGCCGGCUUCGGCCGGCCGCGUAACACCGGCACCAAGCUCUUCAACAUCUCCGGUCACGUCAACAACCCGUGCACGGUCGAGGACGAGAUGUCUGUCCCACUCAAGCAGCUGAUUGAGCAGCACGCGGGCGGCGUAAUCGGCGGCUGGGACAACCUGCUGGCGGUGAUCCCCGGCGGCUCGAGCACGCCCAUCAUCCCGCUCUCGGUGUGCAGCGACGUGCCGAUGGACUUCGACGGCCUGCUGAGCGCCGGCACCGGCCUCGGCACGGCCGCCGUCAUCGUCAUGAACAAGCAGACCGACCUGAUCAAGGCGAUCGCGCGCCUGAUCGAGUUCUACAAGCACGAAUCGUGCGGCCAGUGCACGCCCUGCCGCGAGGGCACCGGCUGGAUGGACAAAGUCAUGUGGAGGUUCGUCGAGGGGAACGGUCGUCCGGAGGAGAUCGACAUGCUGUGGGAGCUCACCAAGCAGAUCGAGGGGCACACCAUCUGCGCCCUGGGCGACGGCGCCGCCUGGCCUGUGCAGGGCCUCAUCCGCCACUUCCGGCCGAUGAUUGAGGAGCGCAUGCAGCAGUACGCCGCCGCGCAGGCCGCCGCCGCCGCGCCGCAGGCCGCCGCUCAGUAGCCGAGCCGCCCCGCACGCCGGUGGAUUUCGGUAGACGCCGGUGGGCUUCGGUGCUCCGGUGGAUGUUGGUAGACGCCGGUAUAGUGCUAUGUUGCUCGGUAUUUUCCGAUGGACGCUGAACGGUCCUGGAGUCGAGACGGUUUCGGCGCCAGGACGAGCCCAGGUCUGGUCGGUCGCUCCAACUCCCCGCCGUUGCCCUGCUGCAGCCGAAUGUGUCGCGUGUAGCCGCCGGGGCCCCACCUACGCAUAGUGCCGCCGUAGUGCUGACCCGGGUCGGGCGUGGCUGGUGUCGGUGCGUCUCCGAGCCGUGUACAAUAGGAGGGAGGGAGAGGCUUCGGAAAUAUAUGACCUAUGAGUGAAA